AUGGUUUUCCUCUGGAAAGAAAUCCUGAUGGAAACAUUCCUGGGUUACGUUUCCUGGUCUCUUUACCACGGCCUUCCACCAAUGGUCUAUUAUUUUCCUUUACAAACCUUGAAACUCACUGGAUUAGAAGCUUUUGGUCUUGCUUUCCUGUCUCCUAUAUUCUUAACAAUUGGUCCAUUUUGGAGGUUGGCUAACAACAAGUACAUUCUAGCUUUGUUGAGGCUGAUUAUGAUUGGAAGCAUAGCUUCAUACCAAGCUCCAAAUGCUAACCUUCGUCUCUUAAUCUUGGCUGUGGGUGUUUCUUCCUCCUUGGUGGUUCAAACAGUGACAUGGUGGUGUGGGAACAGUUUGCAAAGAUACUGCAGAAUCUGGGGCUUUAUACUGGGAAAAGUUUUUCUUGUUGUUCUUCGUAUUUGGUAUACAUCAUUAAAUCCAGUCUGGAAUUGUAAGAUGUUCAAUACUACUAUAAUGAUGCUUGGUUUCAUAGUCGUACUUGAGCAAGCAUUUACAGGUGUUCGUGAGAAAAAAGAAGCACACAAGAACGUAAAUACAGCAAAGGAAACGAUUCAUAGACCAAACUGGGCUUUGUCAGGGGCAGCUUUUGGCAGUCUUAUGUUUCUCACCUUCUGGAUUUUUGGAGAAGUAUCUUUAGUUUCUAGAUGGGCAGUGAGUGGACAUCCACAGCCUGGACCAGAUCCUAAUCCACAUGGAGGUGCAGUUCUCUUGGGCCUUGCUCAUGGACUGAUGUUUUCCUUUUGGUCUUGGUCUACCCUUGAGCUUUGGGGUUGGUGCCUUAUAGGUGCAGCAGGAGCAGCCGGUCUGCUGAGCUUACCAACAUGGGGUGCAGCUUUCGCUGGUGAUGUCCUUGCCGUCUUUACUAUGUGGGCAUGGCCUCGCAUAACUGGAAACUUCAUUAGUUGUAUACAUCCUGUAAAAGUCAUGAUUACAGCAAUGCUUGUGUACCUACUGGGAGUGUUCUUCUGUGUGUGGUGUACAGCUUAUAAGUUUGUGCCAGGCGGAACUUAUGCUCGAGAAAGAUCUCAUGUUCUUUUGGGACUCAUCAUGCUAUUUAUUGUCAUAGACAUGUUAGUUGAUGGUAAGAAAGAUCUUCAUUAUCUGUUUGGGAUGAAAAACAGCCAGAAGCCCUUCUUCAAACAAAGUGAAAAAUUCAUCAAAUUAUUUUUGUGGCUGUUUGUUGGUAUAGGCUUACUAGGACUAGGACUGCGAUAUAAAGCUUAUGAGAAAAAAUUGGGCCAUGGGCCUCCGAAGAAAGACUUCUCUGCCUUGAUCUGGCCGUUUAGGUUUGGCUAUGACAAUGAAGGAUGGUCUAAUCUGGAAAGAUCAGCUGUUUUGCUGAAUCAAACAGGCGCUGACUUCAUUACUAUUAUAGAGAGUGAUGCCUCUAAACCGUUCAUUGGAAACAAUGAUCUAACCAUGUGGCUAGGAGAAAAACUUGGCUUCUACACAGAUUUUGGUCCAAGUACACGGGACCAUACAUGGGGGAUGAUGGUUCUCUCGAGGUACCCAAUAGUCCAUUCCAGGCACCACCUUCUCCCAUCUCCUGAAGGAGAGAUAGCUCCAGCCCUAUCCAUGACUGUUAAUUUCACAGGGAAACUGGUGGACUUUGUUGUUGCUCAUUUUGGAAAUGAAGAAGAAGACUUGGACAGGAAGCUCCAAGCAAUCACCGUUUCCCAUCUAUUGAAGAAUAGCUCUCAGCAGGUUGUGUUUCUAGGAUAUAUCACUUCAGCUCCUGGGUCCAGAGAUUACUUUCAGUUAAUUAAAAAUGGCAACAUGAAGGAUAUUGACAGCACAGAUCAUGAAAGGUGGUGCAGUUACAUCAUGUAUCGUGGAUUAAUAAGGUUGGGUUAUGCUCGAAUUUCUCAUGCUGGUCUCAGUGAUUCUGAAGUUCAGAUGGCAAAAUUUAGAAUCCCAGAUGAUGCAGAUAAUUACGUGGACAAUGACAAAAUCACCAUUGACCCCAGGGAAGUUCCGGCAGAAGUGCACUUCAAUCCCAGGUUUGGAUCCUACAAAAAAAGACACAACUAUGAACGGAAUCAUCACUUUCAUAUGAGCACACCAAAGUAUUUUAAACAAAACAACUAGAAGGAUGA